UUAGGGGAUUAAGGGGCUGACUUUUUCAUAACCUUAGAGGAUCCCAAUGAGGAAAUGACAAGUGAACAUAUCGACGCAUGCCUCAGCCUACUCUGCAAGCGAAUGACAGGGCCGAAGUCGAAGCUGUACACUACCCGUGCAUGCAUGGUUGACACGAUAUUCUUCGACACCAUCCGUAUGCUACACACCGAAUUUCCAACAAAAGAUGCCCGAGCCAAAAUGCAAAUUCCAGAUGAGUUGCGGGGCUAUGUGGAGGGUGAAAGGCCAAUGUACACCAAAAAAUGGGAAGAUGUUGAUUUCAUCCUCGCGCCUUGCAACGUUGGUGGGCAUUGGGUGGUUGCGAAGAUCAACUUGGUGAGGUGGACGAUCAAGGUCGUGGACUCAACAAUAACUUCAGAUGCUAAGGAUAACGGAGUUCAUGCUGGUCAGAUGACACCCUUGACAACAAUGAUGCCAUUCAUCUGCUACCAAGACAGUUAUUUCAACAACAUACGUCGAAAAAGACGGGAUUUGACGCCGAUGCCAUUGGAUAUUCAUUUACCAAAAGCUAAAGUGCAUCGACAGAAUGAUAGUGUCAGCUGCGGUAUGUUCAUGAUAGAGUACAUCGAGCAUAUUUUGCAAUAA